AUGUCGCAGAAUGAAGAUCUGGCCUAUGGCCACUACUACGAGUCGGAGCGCGGAUCAGGCGACGGGUCCAGAGGACUAAGCGAUACCCUCAAGAUGUUCAAGGAUACCUACAAGAGCCACUCGAAGCCGUCGACCCAGGGAUACCAGGGUGGCUACCAGGGGCAGGCCUCCCAGGACCCGAAUCAAGCCCCAUACGGAUACAGUCACAGUCAGCAAGGUCAGCAAGACCAGCAACAGUACUACUCGGGUCAGCAGCCGCUGAACCAAGGCCGCCCCCCGAAGGAAGAUAAACUUGCCGGGUUCCUGGGCAAGAUCCAAGGGGCGGUCACCGAUAUUGGUUCCGAGUUCGCCACAAAGAUCGGUACCGCCAUCGAUCCACAGGCCUACGCCGAGUAUGGAACCGGCAAGCCCGCCGCAGAGCACCGCUUUGGCAGCUUCGCGCCGCCCCGAGAGCACAACGAUGUAAAGUGGUAUGUUGAUGGGUGCGGCUAUUUUUGGGCGGUGUCGCAGGCGUUGGAGCGUGCGCGCGAGUCGAUCUGGAUUCUGGAUUGGUGGCUGUCUCCCGAACUCUACCUGAGAAGGCCUCCAGCCAAGAAUGAGAACUAUCGGUUGGAUCGAAUGCUCCAGGCGGCCGCUCAACGAGGUGUACGGGUCAACAUUAUUGUUUAUAAGGAGGUGACGCAGGCUUUGACGCUGUCUUCCUCCCACACCAAGCAUGCCUUGGAGGACCUGCACCCCAAUAUCGCCGUCUUCCGUCACCCCGACCACCUUCCGGACCGCCAGGAGCUGGCAUCCGAUCUUGCGCACUCCUUACACAACCUGUCGCUCGAUUCCGCCGGGCUCUCGAAGAUGUCAAAGGAUACUCUCAAGGGCCUGUACGGCAUGAACGACGAUGUUAUUCUGUACUGGGCUCAUCAUGAGAAGCUCUGCCUGAUCGAUGGCCAGAUCGCUUUCAUGGGAGGCCUGGAUCUGUGCUUCGGUCGCUGGGACACGCACCAGCACGCGCUUUCCGACGUGCACCCGUCCGAUAUCAACGCCACCGUAUUCCCCGGCCAAGACUACAAUAACUCCCGCGUCCUUGAUUUCCAGGACGUUACUCAUUGGGAAAACAAUCAGCUGGAUCGGAAGACCAUGUCCCGCAUGGGAUGGUCGGAUAUUUCCGUCAGUCUGCAUGGUGCUGUUGUGGAGGACCUGAGACGGCAUUUCGUGGAGCGCUGGAACUUCAUUUACGAUGCAAAGUACCAGGUCCGUCAGAAUUCGAGGUAUGUACGACUGGCGCUCUUUGGCCGGCCUACCUCGUCUGGUGGCCCUCACUCAGGAGCCGCGCAGCAGCCCGGUCAACACCAGUCGGGAGCUCCAAAUCAGCCCCAGCCACAGCAGGCGUCGACCCCCCCAUGGCAGUCUCAACAAUCUGGUGGUGCCCCUGCCUACCCGCCACCUCCAGGCCAGAUAUCAUCUAGCCCGCAGCCACAGCAGCAACCACCGGCGUACCAGUCGUACCAAGCUGGCAGUGGAGCGACUUCGACAUACCCUCCACCCCCGAGCCAUGUUUCUGGCCAGAGCCAGCAGCAACCGCAGUACAAUACCUCCCCCUCGUAUCAGUCUGGCAGCACACCGAGCUACCCGCCUCCGCCGGGACAGGCCUCGUCUGGUCAGAGCCAGCAGCACCAGCACGCCUCUGCGCCGUCUUACCAGGCCUAUCAGUCCGGUAGUUCCCAAAGCUACCAAUCUCCACUGGGCCAGACGCCACCACCCAAUCAACUGUCCCCAUCCGGCUACUCGAGCCAUUCCCCCAACCCAGGAUCUCACCAGUACACGUACACGGGCGAUUCCUUCCCGCCACCUCCCGUAGGAGGUCCUCCAAGCCAGUCUCCUGCAACUCAAUCAUACCAGCCUCAGCAGCAACAGGCCCAAGCACCCUACUAUCCCACGCCGCCCACCCAGGCCUCAGGCGGCCCUACUCAACCGGGUCAGCAACAAGCUCAAACUCAUUAUUACCCACCUCCACCUGGACAGGAAGCCUCUCAUUCUGCCACUCGUGCCAUUGACGACUAUCAUUAUGAAGGCGAUCAAGAUCGGGGCUUUGCACCGAAGCGCUUCACACAGUACGGUAAUCAGCUUCGUGGCCAGCUGGCCGGCCAGAUUCAUCAGUAUCAAGAUCGUUUGACGACUUACGGCCGUCCGCAAGCGCAAACUCGCGGGAACAUGUCCUGCCAGAUUGUGCGCAGCUGUGCUAAGUGGAGUAAUGGAAGUCCGCUCGAGCAUUCGGUCGCGAAUGCUUACGCUGCUAUCAUCAAGAACAGCCAGCAUUUCGUGUAUAUCGAGAACCAGUUCUUUAUCACGGCUACUGGUGACUCUCAGCAACCGGUAAAGAACAAGAUUGGUGCUGCAAUUGUUGAGCGUAUCCUGCGUGCUGCUCGUGCUGGCCAGAAGUACAAGAUCUUUGUCGUUAUCCCCUCGGUGCCUUGCUUUGCUGGUGAUCUGCGCGAUGAUGAGACUCUGGGUACUCGGGCUAUCAUGGAGUUCCAGUAUAACUCGAUUAACCGUGGAGGCAACAGUAUCAUGGAGCUGAUUGCCAAGGAAGGCUUCAACCCAAUGGAGUACAUCCGGUUCUACAACUUGCGAAACUACGACCGGAUCACCAACGACGGUCUUCUCGCCGCUGUGGAGCGGGAGAGUGGCGUCAACUAUGAGGAUGCUCGUAGACAAUAUGAUCAGCAGAUUGCUGGUCCCGGUGGCUAUGCUCCAGCUCCCCCGACUGCUACCCGCAGUGCGUUCGACACCAGCGCUCCGUUCCAGCAGUAUCAGCAAGCAGCUCAGCAUCACGAUCAAGGGAACAAGCCUGCUGGAUCUGGUCGCUGGGACAGUGUCAGCUCCUGCUACAUGCUCGGGGGAGAGGACAUUCGCAAUGUCCCAUGGGACGGCCACCCCAAUGCUGAAAUAGACGCGUUCGUGAGCGAAGAACUUUAUGUUCACUCAAAGGUGAUGAUUGCCGACGAUCGCGUGGUCAUCUGUGGCUCCGCUAAUCUGAACGAUCGCUCGCAACUUGGUGACCACGACUCCGAGAUUGCCGUCAUAAUUGAAGACUUCACCCCGGUUCAGUCCAGCAUGAACGGGCAACCCUGGAUGGGGAGCCGCUUCGCGACAUCGCUCCGCCGGGAGUUAUUCCGCAAGCACCUUGGUUUGCUUCCCGCCCAGGACUACCAGCGCCCAAACGCGAACUUCGAGCCCGUCGGCGUACCCAACCACUACGACCUCGACUGCCCCGAGAGCAAGGUGGUUGCCGACCCGCUUUCCGACACCCUCCAAAGCCUGUGGAACUCGCGCGCGCACACCAACACCGAAGUCUUCCGCAAGGUCUUCCAUGCGGUCCCCGACGACGCAGUGCGCAACUGGGCCACCUACAAAGAGUUCUAUGAGUACUACUUUCACAAGGCGGAUAUGGAGGCCCAGGGCAAGGAUCAGUACGGCCGGCCGCCUCGAUAUCAGUGGGGCCACGUGGUGCGAGAUGACUUUGCGCCGGGUGCAGAGGGAGCGAAGCAGGUUAAAGAGCUGCUUAGCCAGGUUAAGGGCACUUUGGUGGAGAUGCCGUUGAUGUUUUUGAUUGAGGAGGAUAUCGCGAAGGAAGGGCUUACGUUGAAUGAUUUGACGAAGCCGCUUUAUACUUAG